AAGACGCGAGAGCGAGUGAGAGAGAGAGAUUCUUUUGUGUAACGGCGUUGUUUGAGAAUUAUAGUCACCAAGAGAGAGAGACAAAGUUUGGUCUCUGAGAAAAGACGAUAGAAGCCGGGAGAGAAAGAGUGGUUACAGUUACAGAGAGCAAGAUUUCGUUGCGUUACGAUUCAGAUCUCUCUCGAUCGUUACUUACAUGCAUUAGAGAAGAAGAAAACGUGGAGACGGAAUCCAAGGGGCUCGUGUCCUCCUCCUUCAAUUUUAUUCCUCAGCCAUCUUUUAUUUCGCACUGUUUCAGCUUCCGUGGUUCAUCGACAGAGAGAAUCAAUCAGCUUUGGAUUGAGAGCUGAUGGGCGGAGGUGAAUAUUUGUACGAUGAGUUAUGGAAAUUAUGCUCGGGACCUCUGGUUGAUGUUCCUCAAGCUCAAGAAAGAGUUUAUUAUUUCCCUCAAGGUCACAUGGAACAACUCGAAGCGUCAACGCAACAAGUCGACUUAAAUACGAUGAAGCCACUUUUUGUUCUUCCUCCGAAGAUUCUCUGCAAUGUUAUGAACGUUAGUCUUCAGGCGGAGAAAGAUACGGAUGAGGUCUAUGCACAGAUUACUUUGAUCCCUGUAGGAACUGAAGUUGAUGGACCUACGAGUCCUGAUCCCUCUCCUCCUGAGUUGCAAAGGCCAAAAGUUCACUCUUUCAGCAAGGUUUUGACAGCGUCUGAUACAAGCACGCAUGGUGGCUUUUCUGUUCUAAGGAAACAUGCCACCGAAUGCCUUCCUCCCCUGGAUAUGACCCAGCAGACCCCGACCCAGGAGUUAGUAGCCGAAGAUGUCCACGGUUAUCAGUGGAAAUUCAAGCAUAUUUUUAGAGGCCAACCACGGAGGCAUCUAUUGACGACAGGGUGGAGCACCUUUGUUACAUCAAAGAGAUUGGUUGCUGGGGACACCUUUGUAUUCCUGAGAGGGGAGAAAGGAGAGUUGCGGGUUGGAGUCAGACGUGCUAAUCGUCAACAGAGCAGUAUGCCUUCAUCCGUCAUAUCAAGUCAUAGCAUGCAUCUGGGAGUGCUUGCUACUGCACGCCAUGCUACUCAAACCAAAACUAUGUUCAUCGUAUAUUAUAAACCAAGGACAAGCCAAUUCAUCAUUAGCUUGAACAAAUAUCUAGAAGCCAUGAGCAAUAAGUUCUCUGUAGGGAUGAGAUUUAAGAUGCGGUUUGAGGGAGAGGAUUCCCCUGAAAGAAGAUAUUCUGGCACGGUUAUUGGUGUUAAUGACUGCUCUCCUCACUGGAAAGACUCGAAAUGGCGAUGCUUAGAAGUUCAUUGGGAUGAGCCUGCAUCGAUUUCAAGACCCAAUAAGGUUUCACCAUGGGAAAUUGAGCCGUUUGUAACUUCAGAAAACGUUCCCAAAUCAGUUAUGCUAAAGAACAAAAGGCCCCGUCAAGUUAGUGAAGUAUCUGCACUUGAUGUAGGAGGCAUAACAGCUUCAAACCUUUGGAGCUCUGUAUUGACGCAAUCCCAUGAGUUUGCACAGUCGUGCAUCACCUCACAGUGGAGUUCUCCUCAGCAAUGUCAUCGUGAUGCAAAUGAGGAUGCUAAGAAAUCUGACUGGAUAAAUAACUCUUACUCUGUGUCAAAUGUAUCAAAAGACUCAACACUGAACGACCAAAUGGUUUCCCCAGUCGAGCAGAAGAAACCUGAGACAACUACUAAUUAUAGAUUAUUUGGAAUUGAUCUGAUGAGUUCCUCCUUAGCGGCUUCUGAGGAGAAAACUGCACCCAUGCGACCAAUCAACAUAUCCAAACCGACUAUGGACAGCCACUCAGACCCAAAAUCAGAGAUAUCAAAAGUAUCAGAAGAGAAAAAGCAGGAACCUGCGGAGGGAUCACCAAAAGAGGUCCAAAGCAAGCAGAGCAGUUCUACAAGAAGCCGUACCAAGGUGCAGAUGCAAGGCGUACCUGUGGGCAGGGCUGUGGAUUUAACUGCACUAAAGGGGUACAACGAGCUUAUAGACGACAUUGAGAAGCUGUUUGACAUAAAAGGGGAACUGCAGAGUCGCAAUCAAUGGGAAAUAGUGUUCACAGAUGAUGAGGGAGAUAUGAUGCUUGUCGGUGAUGACCCAUGGCCUGAGUUCUGUAACAUGGUGAAGAGAAUAUUCAUAUGGUCGAAAGAGGAAGUGAAGAAAAUGACGCCGGGGAACCAACUCCGGAUGCUGUUAACGGAAGUUGAAACAACAUUAACAACAGCUUCCAAAACAGAUAACCACACCAACUAAUUUCCAUUCUCUUCUCUACUGUCUUUGUCUCCUUCUUAUCUGCUUUGUCUUUUGGAAUUAUCUUGUUCUGUGGUCUGUGUUUUGUCGCACGGGAAGAACAAAAAUGGCUUAAACAUGAAACUACCUCCCCUUAGGCUAAAAAUGGCUCGUUUUUUUUUGGAGCCUCUUGUGGAGAAGAGGGUUUAUGGGGGGAGGGUUUUCUACUUUCAAACUAGGCUUUUGGAAGUUUUAAUUUUUUCUUAUUAGGAACUUGUGUGUGUAAGAGAAACGUAUAUGUAACGAACAGGAAAAAAAAAAAGAGAAAAAUGAGAUUGUGAAUAACUGGUGAAUGACUUUUGUGACUCUUGGAUUAUAUACCUCAUGGCUCUCGUGUUUUAUGUUU